CUAAAAUCAACAUGGAAGACGAAAAGCAAAUAAUUACCAGUGAUAUUUGUUGAAUAACUGCACAUUUAGUUUGUGCCUGAAAUAGAGGCCCUUGAGAUGUCUGAGGCGCCCCAACAACCACCAUCGGCCCAGCCCACCCCACCCCCUCCAACCCAGAAUCCCCCUAAACCACCGUCCCAUCCCCCUACACCAGUGACAACACCCCCAGCACAACCAGAACAGCAAAAUAGUCAACCACAGCCAAACAACCAACAACAGCUUCAGGCACAGCAAAACAACCAGCAAACAAACCAACUGCAACAGCAAAACAACCAGCACCCUGGCCAACAACAAUUACAGAAUGACCAGCAAGUAGUUCAACAUCUACAACCAAAUAACCAGCAAAUUCAACAGCAGCAACAGCAGCAAAAUGCUCCACAGCACCAGCUUAUUCAACAGCAGCAAAAUGGUCAACAAAUACAACAGCAGCAACAACAGCAUCAAAUGCAGCCAAACCUUCACCCACCUAACGUACAGCGUCA